AUGCAAUUUGUGUCACACCUGCGAACAUUGUCUGUUUUAGGUGGCGUCGAGAAGGAUGAGAACGAGAGAUUCUUAAACUACGUGGGAGCGCGGACCAGAGCGACCUUCGACACAAGGUCAGUCCUAGGGUUUCUAUCGCUCAUUUUGAUCACAACCAUAGGGCUCGUUGUGUGUACCUGGAGCAAUGAGUAUGAGAGAUCUAGGACGCUUACUAGCGACCGGGACUUAGAUCGCAGUAGAAAGAGUAAGAGCCUGAGGGUCGGCAGCGACGCGCAGUACGUACUAUCACUACUCGAGGACGAGGAGACAGACGCAAGGAAGUGUAUGGAUCCGGAUGAAACUCAGCGAGGAAUAUGUCUCACGAAGACCGGUGAAGGGCUAUAUCACGUCACCACUGGCCAUCGGGGUACCACUUUUGGAGGCGGAGUUAUAGAGGGGCGGGCGUCUGAAGGAGAAUACAGCUCUAAGGUACGAACAACGACCCAAGGCUCGGCGUAA